AUGUCGCUCGAAGCUACUAUGAUCAUGUUCGUCUCACCCGGCUGGGUCCUGUUGACGGGCGGUAUGCUAACUGGCUACGAAAUAGUAUCGAUAAUAGUGAAAGCAGCAGAAAUGGCGACUACCUCGGAUGCUAACCAGGAAGGCAGCCCCACAAGAUUUGAAGCUCAGGCGGAUGCGGUAAACCUGAUUCAUUCGGCAAAGACACAAGCUCACCCAGAAUCCGCAGUCGGUUUAAUGAGUAUGGGAGGCAGCGGCCCAGAAGUCCUGGUUACCUUGACUGCAGAUAUCGGGAAAAUCCUAGAAGGUCUUCACCGAACAAAGAUUGGGGGAACUGCACAUCUUGCCUCGAGCAUACAGGUUGCUUAUCUAGCACUUAAACACCGAAAAGAAAGGGCCCAGAGACAGCGGAUUAUCGUCUUCUCGUGCUCGCCCAUCGUCGAGGACGGAAAGUCUCUCGUCAAGCUGGCGUUGAAGAUGAAGAAGAAUAACGUUAGCAUCGACUUUAUUGCGUUUGGAGAACUCGACUCGGAAACAACGAAGAAGCUAGAAGCGUUCCACGAGGCUGUGAACAGUGGAAACGGAUCAAAUCUCGCAAUUAUACCUCCAGGCCCCAACCUUCUCAGCGAUUCUAUCGUCACGACUCCAAUCCUCGGAGGAGACGGUAUGGGCGCCGGCCGUGGUGAGGAAGGAGGCGAUUCUGGGCCCGGAUUCGAAUUCGGUAUCGAUCCAUCGGCCGAUCCCGAGCUAGCGUUUGCCCUUCGGAUGUCACUGGAAGAAGAAAAGGCGCGGCUGGAGAAGGAGAAGCAAGAGAAGGAGAACGAGGCGAAAGAUUCGAUGGAGAAGAUCACGGAAGAAGGCGGGGAGACGCAGCCACUUCUAAACCAGAGCGGGGAAGCCAGCGGAAGUGGAAGCGGGCGCAAGGAUGAUAAGAAGAAAGAUGGCGAGGGGGACAAGAUGGACACCUCGUGA